AGUGGGAUACGUGCUGUCCAGCGGGCAGCGUUGGCGCGUUAUUUUGAACUAAACAUGGAGCUCAUACGCGCUUUGCAGUUAUUGAAAUUGAGCAGUGUGUCUACAGCUUGGGUGGAUGCAGUGUGGGAUUUUGAGUUCACCCACACAGACCCUCUUGACCCUGUUAUUGAGGAGGAUAUCAAGGAAAAUGCUGAUGUUUUCAAAACAGUUUACAUGCAAUUGCUGCCUUUCUCCACCGAUGAUGAUGAUGAUGUUAAUUCACAGAGUGUCUGGGUGGUGUUUGGUGAGAACGGUGUCUCUACAAAAGCGUUGGUGGCUGUGCUUUCCUAUUUCAUUCUUAGCGCAAAAGGCAAAAGUCCCAGUCUUGAGCAAAGAUUGUGUGGUCUAGAAGCAGCUUCACUUUAUUUGUUGCUGCUGAAAAUACCAGGGAGCGUUGCAAAUAAGGUGUACCAUCAGAUACUCUUUGACACCUGUUUAAACAUGCCUCUGAAAUGCUGGCCUCAAGACUCUGGGAGGAAACGGAAGAAAGAUUCUGUGAAAAGCUCCCAGGGCGAUCCAAAAACUGGAAAACGAUCCAAACCGCCCAAGAAAGUGUCAGAGGAGAUGGAGAUUGAUGGCGAUGAAGAUGAUGAAGUGGAGGAAAUGUACUUCUCAGCACAGGACUUGCUGAAGAUAAGGGAGGGCAUUGUCAUGUUGAUUCGCACACUCCUGCGACUUAUAGAAAAGUUUUCUCUUAAAGACAAACCUCAGAGUACCGACAGCUGUGUUCAGCUUUUCACAGGGCUAACUAACUUUGAACCAGUCAUUGGGGAUCUGUCAUUCAGUCAGAGAAGGAACGUCGACCAAUUAAAGAGCUUGCCUGAGCUGGCCUAUCAUGGACUGGGAAUUCUUUGCUCGGCCAUUCAUGGCGAAGGAGAUGAGUGUCGCCGUCGAGUGUUCCGAAAGUUGCUGUAUGUGAUUCUAAUGAUGAAAACACAAGAGCAGUCAAAGUCGUGUCUUCUUGUCCCGUCUCAGGCUGUUCAUAGUGCCAGAGAUCAUGCUGUCCGUUUUAUUAGCCACAUUGUUGAUGAGCAGAGAGAGACCACAUUGCCACUUUUAAGGGUUCUUGUUCAACACAUCUGUCAUCAGAUGGUAGAGAAGUCUGAAUAUCGAGCCAGUGGAGCACAAGCUGUUGGGAAACUAAUGGCUAAGAUGCCGUGUCAGGACUAUGCUGCCCUUGUUAAGUGGCUUCAUAACUACUCGAGAAACAAUAAGGUGGCCUUCAGAAUGUUUGCCUUGGAUAUCGCCAUGGUGCUUCUGGAGCAGAACGAAAGGGACUUGGAUGACACAAUGGACCCUGAUAUGGCAGUGUACCUGUCUCAUAGAUUCCUGGUACACAACAUAGUUUACGGUCAUCGUAACGACAUUUCGCCCUCGGUCAGAGGUCACGCACUACACUGCCUGGCCCUGUGUCUGGAGCUCCGUUCCCAGAAUGCCACGAAAUGUGUCCAUGAACUCUUUUCCAACACAGGUGCUCAGACAAUGCUGGAGACAGGCCGCUCUGAGCAAACUCUGAAGAGAGGAGAGACAGGACAGAAAACCGCCCUGACCUUCAGAACCAUUGAGCUGACGAAGCACAAAAGCAUCACGGCGACCUGCAGGAGUGACAUCAACGCCACCUUACACAAUGAAGAAACUAUGACUCUGUUUAAGAAGCAUGUCAGUGACCCAAAAACCAAUGCUAGGAAAAGUGCACUGGAGACAGUCAUGAGUCUGCUGAAGCAUGGGGUGAUCUCAUGCAGUGCAGAGAAUCUGAGUAUUCUGUCAGAUCGCUGCAGGGAUCCUGCUGUGUCAGUGAAGAAGAAAGCUAUGCAGUGCCUUAUGGAUCUUCUCGCGGCUCUGCCUGACAAUUUAGAGGUGCAGGAGGCAUGGCUGAGAGGAGUUUUGCCGGCUGUCAUAGACUCUGAGAGCUCUGUGCAGGAGAAGGCUCUAGAGUGCCUAGACCACAUUAUCCUCGCACACAUUAAGAGUCAAGGCAAAUAUCAUCAUGGAGACACCUCUCAGAGACUAGCCUGGGACUUGCUGGGACUAAUGUGUGAAAAGUGUGAAGACCUCAGACGAUAUUUCAGCAAGGCUUUCAGCGUGUGGGCUCCGCAACAGAAGUUCACUCCCGCCUUUGUUAACGGUCUGCUCUCACACACAGAGGGAGAGAGGGCUGCUGCCGCCUGGCUCCUGUUAGCCAAAAUUGCGAGCUGUUCACCCAAACUCAACUAUAGCACCGUGCUAGAGACCUGGGAACGCACAGUCAGGUCACCAGUCGUUUCAGUUACAAUGACUUGUCAUAUCUUGAGCGUUAUGGGUGACCUUUCCUCUAAUCUCAAUGAUGACACUAAAAGCAGAAUUGUAGAUGAUCUGAUGGGCUGGUUGAAGAGUUUCAGUCUGCCUCUGGAGGUGAUUAGCUCCUGUGUGGAUACCCUGCUUAGAUUUGCAAAAUCAGACAGCACUCAGGACACAAUGAGGUUCUUAAAUAGUUUCUGUGGAGAACUGGUCUCAGUGUGUGAAGCAUAUCUGUCCAGCGUCAUUCUAAAUGAGAAGGGAACAGAGAACAUCAAUGAGGAUCUGCUGGUGAAGCAUCUUUACACACUUGGUGUCGCUUCUCUCCAGUGCCCCUCUAAAGUGGGGAAGAGAAUUUUCCUUCUGGUUCAGUCCAUUCUCACUCCCUCCGAGCAGUCAGGUCAUGCUGAAGGAGACGAGCUGCCUGCCAGCCAGCCUCUGUCUCAGUUCAAAGCCAAUUCUAUGCCCCCAGUGGUCCGAGCACAUGCUGUUAUAGCAUUAGGUAAGUUGUGUCUGCAACAUGAGGAAUUGAUGUUAAAGUAUCUGCCGGUGUUUGCACGGGAACUGGAGGUGGGCACAGAGCUGGCUGUCCGCAGUAACGUGGUGGUGGUCAUGUGCGAUCUCUGCGUGCGUUACACCAACACGGUGACCCGGUAUAUACCCAAUAUCUCAGCCUGCCUGAGAGACAAAGAGCGCAUCGUGAGAGAGCAAACCCUUAUUAUGCUGACUAACUUACUACAGGAGGAGUAUGUGAAAUGGAAAGGUGCGCUGUUUUUCCGAUUCGCUGUUGCUCUGGUGGAUUCAGAUCCUGCCAUUGCAGAUCUCUGUGAAUACUGCCUGGUUGAUCUCCUGCUUAAGAAGAGCCCUCUCAUGUUCUCCCAACACUUUAUCGAGUGCAUUUUCCACUUCAACUCUUAUGAGAAACACAAGAAAUACAAUAAAUUCCCUCAAACUGAGAGUGAGAAAAACAGGUUUUCUUUGAAAGGUCCACAGAAUCAAGGCAAACGUUUCAGAAUCUACAAGUUCCUACUGAAAAACUUUACAGAUGAGCAACGUUUCAAUAUCACAACCAAAAUUUGCCAGGACAUCCUCGCCUGUUUUGUCGACUCUGAACUGCCUUUGGACUCCGAUGGCUCCGAGUUGCUUGCAGACACAUUUGAUGUGCUCUCCCUAAAGGAGAUGAAGCUGACAGCCAUGAGUGGCCCCGCGGCAGGCGAGGAACCUCAGGAAGACGAGAUGGCCAUGGCUAAAGCAGUCUUACAGGUGGCUCAGAAAAAAUUGAUCACACAGGUCCAGAAGAAGAACUUUGUGGAGAAUGUAAUUCCAAUCAUCAUCAGUCUGAAGAAUAUGCUGGAAGAGCAACACUCGCCUGUUCUCAAACACAUCAUGGCCUACCUGCAGGUGACCAUGCAGGACUAUCGUUCAGAAGUGAAGGAUCUGUUUGCAGCUGAUGAGCAGUUGGCUGCUGAGGUGGAAUAUAACAUGAAGCAGUUUGAAAAGCAGAAACAAGAACAAGAGGAGCAGGAGAUGGAGAAGGAACUGGCCAACUUCACGCUGUCACCCAGACAAAACGGUAAUGCUGUGGAUUCUCCUGCCCAGGAAGCAAAUGUCGGACAUCAGUCGGGUUUUGCCACACCUCUCCGUCCUGGUAAAAGGGGACCCAAACAAACCCCUAAAUCUGCUGAUGCUCUAAGACGGCGCACUUUUGCUGGCAUGGUAACCCCCGUCAGGAGCCAUCCUUCCUUUACAGUGAUUUCGACAGGACGAGCUAAACAGAUUGGGAGAGCCAUUAGUACUCCACAAGAAAGCAUCAAUGAGGUGACGUUUGGAGAGCAAGUCAGUGCAAUCUGCAGUGAAUCUGGAAGACGCAGCAAGAAUGUGGAGGAAGAAGAAAUAAUUUUACAUCUGAUAUCACCAGAGAAACAAAAACCAGUGCCCAGGCAAUGGAAUGUGGAAUCUCCUCUUGCACAAAAAAAUAGAUCCAAAAAAAGGUUGUAGUUGAUGUGCAUAUAUUGUAUUUUUUAUUGUACCGUAAAAUGAGCCCUUUUGAUUACUGUCCCUUCCCUGUUUAAAUGACGUUUGACUCGUCAAAGGCAAUUUUAUUGAAUGUGCUUUUGAUGCUCUGUCUCACGGGUCACAUUCUUUUGUAAACUGUCAUAUGUAAAACAUCAAUCCAACCGUUUCUAUCAGUAGAGAAUGUGAGUGACUUAAGGAUGUGUUUUAUAUGAGUGAAAUAUAUUAAAGGAAACAGAAAUAA